UAAAUUUUGAGUAUAUUUUGGAAUACUUAAAACACAAAAACAGAACUGUUGAAUCCAGUGUCUGAGAAGGGGACUUGGCAGCCAUGUCCGUCGAACUCAAGCUCUCUCGUUCUAAUCGUAUCUAUCGCCCUUCGGAAGCUCUGGAAGGAAAAAUCGUUUUUAAAACUCAGUCUUCAAUUUACCACUAUGGAAUUCGCCUCACUGUCAAAGGAUCCGUCAACUUGCAGGUUCGUGGAGGAUCAGCUGGGGUUGUUGAAUCGUUCUACGGCGUUAUUAAGCCUAUCCCAAUUGUGAACAGGAUCACUGAGAUAAAAUCUUCUGGAAAGAUUGGUUUGGGUACAUCAGAGAUACCAUUCUCGUUGAAGCUACGGGAGCAGGAAGGAAAUUUAGAAAGAUUUUAUGAGACGUUCCAUGGUGCAAAUAUAAGCAUCCAGUAUUUGGUGACUGUAGAUAUACCUCGUGGAUACUUGCAUAAAUCAUUAUCAGCAACAACAGAGUUCAUAGUUGAAAGUGAUAAAGCUGAUCUUCCACAAAGACCACUUUCUCCAGAGAUGGUAAUCUUUUACAUCACCCAAGACACUCAAAGGCAUUCUCUACUUCAUGAAUUAAAAUCUGGUGGAUUUCGGGUGACAGGAAAAAUCUCAACUCAGUGUUCUUUGUCUGGUACUAUUAGUGGUGAGCUAACUGUAGAAGCUUCUGCAGUUCCAAUUCAGGCAAUAGACAUUCAGCUUUUUCGAGUUGAAUCCAUUCUUCUUGGGGAGAAAAUUGUGACUGAAACCUCUCUGAUUCAAACAACACAGAUAGCAGAUGGAGAUGUAUGCCGAUGUUUGACUCUGCCUAUUUAUGUAAUACUACCUCGUCUUCUGACAUGUCCAACAACCUUAGCUGGUCCCUUCUCAAUUGAGUUCAAAGUUGCAAUUGUUAUAAGCUUUCAGUCAGAGCUAAGUAAAUUGCAUAAGAAAUCUGACCUCAAAACUCCAAGACUAUGGAUGGCGAUGGAAACAUUACCACUUGAGUUGGUUAGGGCAAAGUAAGAAGAUUUUAUUGUAUAUAGUUUCUGAAAAUAUGAAUUCAUUUCAAUUUGUGAAUAGAUAUCAAACAUGGCUUUUACUCUAGCAACAUUUUAGAUAUUUGGUUAUUUCAUGUUUGAUGUAUUUGAAUAAGCAACUACCCUAGUAGUAGAGAGGAUUGAAUGGAAUUACAGAACUGGAAUUAAAGAAAAGAAUGAACCAUUCACAUUGAAGAGAAAA